AUGCCCACAGACGGCCACCCUGUGCCGCUGUAUCAAAGUCUACCCGUUGCGCACACAGCAACCCCUGUCCACAGCACCGCCCAAAACGGAAAUUACAUCACCGUGCGGGUUGUUGAGGCUGGCCAGAACGGAAGAGUUUUGCUGUUGAUAUUCUUAGCUCAAGACAGCUUCAGAAUAUCUUCGGACCCGAGACGAACGAACUAA